CACCUUUUUGCCUCGUAACUUUAUUUGUUUUUCCUCUUCAACGUCGAACCUGUCUCGGAUUUCAUAUUAAAGGUCCUCAAUUUGAUUUGCUCAAAGUGCAACACCUACAAUAUCUGCUCUGUUCACAAUGGUGGUACGCAGAAGUACUGAGCAGUCAAAUGCUUGGCUCAAACCUGUCGAGGACGAUGAAGAUGAAGGCUUUCUCACUGUGGCCGAAGAUGCCGAAGCCAAAGGAAUUCUCGAUGAUGGCAACAGAUCGACGCUCAACUUGACGACGACUGAGCUUCCCGUGUAUAUGAAUAUUCACCGGUAAACUCGCCCUUAUCCUUGCUCAAUCCCUGCCUUCAGCUCAGAACUGCAUGUUCUUGGUGAGCCAUUGUAUAAGCUUGCCAAGAAUCAUAAUACGCCUAUCAUGAGGAAUCAGCGUGCUAACUCUCCUUGAGUGUAGAGUCCGACGGUUAGUUCUUGCGAGUAUUGAUGAUCCUUAUACUAUGGAGCACUUCAGAGAUCCCAAGAUGAACGCUCUAGUUGUGAGGCCUCUGGUCGAAAGACUUUACAAUCCAGACGAUAUCUCAGUUGGUGAGUUUGAAGCGCAGAAUCUCACCUGGGAGUCUUCUCUGACCCCUCCCCGCCAGUUUAUUGCUUGUUAGCGAACCGUGUAUCCUUCCUAAGAGAGCAGUCUAAGGAGGUUCAUCAGAGUGUCAACCAGGCGCGUGCAAUUCUAUGUGAGCUGCUCGCUAGUCGGGUCCUGCGCCGCUUCCACGAGGACAAUCCAGGACCACAAGGUCUUUUGCUGCUCUCGCAUAUCCUCGUUGAGGGCUUCGAUCCAUUCCAAGGAGCCCCUAGUCACAUGGAGCGUCCAGCUAACCGACCCCAAUGGCCUGGAUCUGGUGAUACUUCUGGCUCUGAGAGAAAGGUCACAGCUCUUGAGUUGGCUAUUGUCUCUGAAAGCAAGUUCUUCAUCAGCUCUGCAGCCUGUCAACGAGCUGUCGACGCAGUCCAUAACGGUCAAAUCAUUUACACGCCCCUUUCAUUUAUGGAUUUCCUUCCAGAUCACUAUAAACGACGACCUAUCUCUCUUUACGACCCUCGGACGGCACCUCUUCUCAACCACCACCGUCUUAUUGUUCCUCGCAACCGAAAUCUCAUCGAACUCGUUCACUUCGUCAUCCUACUGGUGCUCUAUGUCAUGACCAUGAUAUCUCGUCAUUCUGAGGUUAAUAUGUGGGAGUUCGCAUUUUGUAUUUACACCUUCGGUUGGCUUCUCGAAAAGAUGGCUGCUAUUAUCGAGCACGGCUGGGCAGUUCACGCACAGAACCUAUGGGCAUUUCUCGACAUCACUUUCGCUUCCAUCUUUGGUGCCUAUUUUAUUCUCCGCAUCUACGACUUUCUCCUCGAUCAGCUUCAUUCUGGCUAUGGACUACCGAUUCUUUGUAUUGCAGCACCUGUCAUGUUGACCCGGGUUGCUUUCAACCUACUGCCGAACAACCUUGUCUUUAUCUCUGUUCACGCUAUGAUGAAGGACUUUACUGUACUGACCUUCCUUGCCACAUGGUGCUUUACCGGCUUUCUGCUCGCUUUGCAGUGGCUUGUUAGUGCUAGCAACGAUGGCAAUGAGGAGUUCAGCUGGUACGUUGUGGGCAAAUGGAUGCUCUGGAUUUGGUUCGGUCUAGAUGGUGAGGGUAUUGAGGAGUCGGUGCGCUUCCAUAUCAUCCUUGGUCCCGCGUUGAUGAUUGCUUUUGCGUUCCUGGGCAACACGCUCUUUUUGACCAUUCUCAUUGCCAUGCUCACAAACACCUUCUCCAAGAUUGUGGCCGACGAAACCGCCGAGAUUCAGUUCCGACGCGCUGUUUUGACUUUCGAGGGCGUCAAGAGUGAUUCUAUCUUUGCCUACCCCCCUCCCUUCAAUAUUUUGGCUCUGAUGGUGCUUCUACCCCUGAAGCUUGUCACCACCGCUCGAAUCUUCCACAUUGUCAACGUGGCCCUUAUUCGAACUCUCAACAUGCCAACUCUCCUCCUCAUUAGCUUUGUGGAGCGACGCCGUCUUUGGAUGCAGUCCAGACGUGCUUCUGGCAAGCGAUCCAAGUGGCAGUUCACAUCUCUGUCACCCCAUAAUGAUGUCCAGGCAGUCUUCAAGUCUAUUCCACCAACUGAGAUUUCUGACAUCAUCGAUCAGCUCGACCCGUUGGGUGAAGUCCCAAUUCUUGAGGACGAUCUGAUGCCUACGAUGGCGGGUGACAACCCUCAGUCGAAGCUGAGAAGAUGGAGAAUGUUGCAACGAGAGGGACAUCGCCGAACAGAUGAUACGGGUGCGUGGAGUAGCUCAAGCAGCAUAAAGAACGAGUAGACAAUAUCGAAAUUACAAGUAUGGCAUUGCAUCGGCGAAAGGAGUUUAUUUCUGGUUGGUUAUAUGGGUGGGAGGAGUUUUCCGACUUUUAAGACAAGAAUUAUAUAUAGAAAGAGUAGAUGAACUAUAACUUGUAAUUCGAGAUUUUUGAGCUCCAUAGCCAGUUCUGCCCCUACUUAGCAUUUUAUAAG